AGUGUGUUUUGAAUUUUUAGAUGAUCAUAAUACAUUAUGGUGUUACUUGUGAUCCUAGCACAUAAUUAUCUUUCUAAUUCUACUUGAGUUUGUUAUUGGCAUAUCAUGAGAUCACAUUUUAUUCUUGGAUUUUUUUUCUCUCUUUCAAGUUAUGUUUCUUUAUUUUCUCUUUGAUGAAUUAGUUCAGUAUUUUUGUUUUUUUGGUGUUAUAAUUGUUUAACUAAUCCAAUUGUGCUCCUGUGAUAACCUAUAUUUCUUGAACUUUAAUAAACUUUUCUACCCAAGGGAUGAUCUACGAAAAUCCUUGAUGAAUGUGUAAUUGAAAGUAACAUUAGUUUCUCAAGGGAAAGAUAAGUGUGCAUGAUGUAGUUGCAGAAUAAGAUGGUACAACAAGAACAAAUCCUACAAUCAUGAAGUAACAGUGUUAUCUUAACUUUAGAGUAGGUGACUAGGAUUUGUCUGGUUUGUUUGAGAUCAUAGAUUUUUUUUUAUUUGGUGAAAUUGACUGAGAAUUGAUUAUAAUCAGGCAAAUGUUGGUCAGGAUUGGCGAGACCAUAAAGGAAUUUAGCAUUGUUGACCAAUAUUUAAAUCAUUAGGAUUGUGCCAGAAAUUGAUCUAAAUCAGUUAAAGAUCAGCUGUAACUGAUUGGAUUGGUUGAAUCGAUCUAGGAUUAGCCUAUUUCUUUUUAUCAAUUUUUUACAUAUCAUUGCCAAAAUUCCAUUUUGUGAUAAUUUUAGGAUUUCACUCAGCUAAUUUCAUGAGCUACUGUAUUUAUAUGAUAUUGCCAAGAAGCGGGAGAUGAUCAUGCUUUUGACAUGGUGGUCAUGGAGGCACAUCGUUUUCCAAUAGCUUGGUGAUAACUGGAAGUUGCACAAGAGGAAUAGUUGUUCAGAGGAGAGAACAUCACACAUAAAAGGCCACUGGAGUAGUUGUAUGGUGGGGACAUUCUAUAGGGUUGGAGAAACGAUGAAGGAUGACAGAAUGAGACGGUGAGGAUGAUAAGGUUAGUGGCAUUGAGGAUUUGGGUAUUAGCUUUACUCUUUCUUAGUAUCAGUGGCCACACACUCAGUGUCUCAGUUCUCAAAGCCUGGAAACGAUUUCGAGAUUCAAGGCUGUCCUCCAUUUGCUUGAAUUUUCCGUGAGUGGAGGAGGCUUUUGGGUGAUUUCUGCGUGUCUCAUGUGUAGGAAGUAGAGGGUGACUGUUACUGCAGGUGCCUUGGAGCGCCAGCAGUGAUGUGUGAUUGAGCCAGCUGACACCUUAGUACUUGGCCUUGGUCAGCCGAGGUCGAUGGGCAGCCGGAUUUAAUAAUUAAAGCUGACACCAUCAGAGAUUUGAGUAUUUGACACUGAUUACUUCUUGCAUCAAGUGUUGCAUUUUGACUUCACAAACAUUGAUUGAGCGCGACAGGGAGAUGCAAUUCCUUCUGUCAAAACGGAAAGAUGUUCUAAUCACCAGAGAUGAGAGGAUCAAUUUGGUGCAGUUAUUCUCACAGAUUAUGGCAUGGUUACUUUCUUUCUACCACAACAGUUGUUCGUCCCGGUUGGAGCGCGUGAGCUUGAUCCCAAGAACUAGCCUGGAUUGAUGUCAACAGGGUUUGCGUAGCUUCACUUGAGGUGUACACGGAGGGACAAAUUUGAAGACCACAAGUCGGUCUUUAAAGAAGAGAGGAAAAUAUCAGGGCUAUUAUUCAUGGGUUUGUGGAAGAAUUUUAGUGAGUAACGACUUCCAACUUAAGCGUGUCAAAGGAUUGCGAGUGUUUGGAAGAUUGACAAGUAAAAGCAGGCUACCAAUAUGGACCAGUGCUGCAGAGCUUCCACAGUCUUUGGCAGAAGCUGUGCGCGAAGAGGAGACUUGCUCUCUCCGUUUGCCUAUGGCCGCCACCAAAGCAUCAGCCAUCUUUCCUCUGCUGCUGCUACUGCCACUGCUGCAUCUCCUCUUUUCUGGAUUAGCAGCUGCAAGACAUGAAGAUUGCCCUCCAUUCUCCUGUGGGCAGCUCCGGGACGUCAAAUACCCUUUCCGUCGCAAAGAUGAUCCAUCCAUCUGCGGGGUGACAACCUACCAACUCAACUGCGACGCCAACAGAUCUACCUUAAGGAUUGGCUCUGCGGACUACUUCGUCACUCAGAUAUUGUACGUAUCGUCCUAUUCUACUUGGAUCCGGCUGGUGGAUCCUAACCUCGCCAAUGGAAGUUGUGGUCGCCCUGCCCAACCUUUAUCGCCCACCAACUUGUCGACCGCGGAAUUCGAUUUCUAUUCAAAUUACUGGGCCAGUUUCAUGAAUUGCAGCGAGACGAUCCAGAACGACACACGGUAUCACCUCCUUUCAUGUCUGGGCGGCAAGGACACGUUUUUCUAUGUCAUCGUAGCCCCAGAAGCAGAUGAACUGGGCUACCUUCAUCCGUGGUGCGAGUAUGUAUCAAUGAUUCCGGUCGCUUAUAAUGCAUCUUUGUUCGACGAUCCACCGAGUUCAGCGAUCGACGCAUUCAGCAUCCUGCAGAAGGGGUUCGAUUGUUAUAUUCCUGGAAGACGUGGUGCGAUUAACUGGAAAUAUUUGAUGAUAAGACUCAGUCAGAUUAUACUGCUCUUGAUAGUGCCGUUCAUGGUAGGCCGGUUAGUGAUCGCGCCGAUCAUAGUCUGUGUCUUCUUUGCUCACAAACUGUGGGUCAGCCGAGCCUCCGUGGACACCGUGGAGAAGUUCCUCCGCGCUCAGCAAACGCUGACGCCCACCAGGUACGGCUACACCGACAUCGUAGCCAUCACCCGGCACUUCAGGCAGAAGCUGGGCCAGGGAGGGUUCGGAUCCGUGUUCAAGGGCGAGCUCGCCGGUGGCCUUCUCGUGGCCGUCAAACUGCUCGGCAACUCCAAAUGCAACGGCGACGAGUUCAUCAGCGAAGUCUCCACCAUCGGCAGGAUCCACCAUGUGAAUGUGGUGAGGCUGGUCGGCUACUGCGCCGAGGGAUCCAAGCGGGCGCUCGUCUACGAAUACAUGCCCAAUGGCUCCCUCGACAGGUACAUCUUCGCUUCCAAACCAACCACGGCCCGCACUUUUACCUCGGAAAAGCUCAUCGACAUAGCCAUGGGCGUCGCCCGCGGCAUCCACUACUUGCAUCGAGGGUGUGACAUGCAGAUUCUGCACUUCGACAUCAAGCCUCAUAACAUUCUCCUCGACCGCAAUUUCACGCCCAAGAUUUCUGAUUUCGGACUCGCAAAACUGUAUCCAAAGGGCAACAGUCUGGUGUCAGUCAGUGCCGCCAGGGGGACGGUGGGAUACAUAGCUCCCGAGUUGAUCUCCAGGAGCUUUGGAAUCAUAUCGCACAAAUCAGAUGUCUAUAGCUUUGGGAUGCUGCUGAUGGAGAUGGCAGGAAGGAGGAGGAACGUGGAUCCUCGUGCAGAGAAUUCGAGCCAGGUUUACUAUCCUUCGUGGAUAUACGAUAAGCUCGCUCGGCAGCAGGAGAUCCAAUUCGACGACACCUCGGAGAUAGAGGAGUUGGAGAAGAAGCUGGCGGUGGUUGGAUUGUGGUGCAUCCAAAUAAAGCCAUCGGAGAGACCGACAAUGGCAAAGGUGUUGGAAAUGCUGGAAGCUGAUGCGAGCAGCCUACCGAUGCCCCCCAAACCCUUCUUUUCCUCCGUGGAUUCCACUUCAGAAACAAAGGCUUGCUUGAUUUCUUCUUCCGCUGAGCUAUCCAUCAUCUCGGAAUGAAAAAUCAUUGUUCAAACGAGUAGAAAUAAACAACUGCAAUGGUGCACUACAAUAAAGAAUCCGAGAAGAGGCAACAUGCCAUAAAGGUGGAUCAGUCAACGAGUCCUGUUUGGUUCGUCUAAUCUACUUAUGAAGAACUCAGCUUUAGCCUGAAGACUACGAAAAUUAAUGGCCUAUUGUUUACAUCUCAUUUCUAUAUAGUUAUCAAUGCGGAGAAAUCAUUCUCUCUUCCGAUGUACUAUUUAGUCACAUAACACUGGUAAUCUAGUCUUACUAGUUAGUUCUUCCAGUGCUAUAA